GAAGAAGAAGAAGAAGAAGCAUCAGCUUUCGUCGAGAUAAAAAUUGCUAGUCGGGCAAUGGGGUAUUCCGGAGGUAUUGAGUACGUACAGUAAUCGGGUCGUGGUUGGUGGCCCAGAACUCUAGUUAGACAAUAAUAUAUCGCUUUAGCCGGCAUCCCUCAGAAUACCAAAGUAAACAUCCCCUCUGAUUAACCAAUAACGCCAUCCACUCCGGUUCCCAUCUAGCCUAAUUCCGUUAUACCAGAUCAUUCAGAAUACAAUGGGAUCCCCAUCGAUUGCCUGCAUAGGCAUUAUUGGGAAACAGGUUUGGACCUUCCUCCUGAUAUAUAUUCAUUUACUUACAAGCUGACUUCAACAACCACCGCCGGCGAAAGAACAAUUUGCUGCACAUGUCCCUCUUUGAGCCACAUGUAAACGAUCAGCUUGAGUUCUCAUUUAUAUUAAACUCAAGUCUAGAUAUCUUUGAUAUGCGACAACAACACACAUCCGUGGAUCAGGACCUUGGUCUCCUCCACGCCUUGGACGAAAGACUCUCAAUUUACGGGUGGUUGACCAACACUGGAGUCAAAUUCGCCAUAGUCGUGGACCUUGAAGGGAGAACUCCGGCGCAUUCAUUAGGGCAUGAGCGACCUCUACCUGUUGUCGGGCUGCGGGAUUCCGAUUUAAAGCCGGCAUUCCGAGCGUUACAAACAGCAUAUGUAAAACUACUGCAGAACCCUUUCUACAACCCAGACGAUAAUGUCCUUGGGAAGGAAAGCCAGACACAGCCAAAGCCAAAGGGGAUUGUUAGCCGCCAAUUUAUUGAAGAGGUCAACCGGAUUGGUAGAACGUGGGCUCCAGGCAUAGCAGGUCAUUAA